UCACCGGACAGGUCUGUGCGAAAGCAAGAACGGAGGUUUGAGUUUUUCCUCCUCGGCUGGGUGGUGGGAGGAGGUGGUGGCGGUGGACGGUGUUUGCUGGAGGAUAACUGUGACUGAAGCCGCCGGGGGGGACCCGGAGCUCGGUGUGCUGCUCCUGCUGUAAGCCCACACAGCAUCGACAUGGAACUGGAGAACAUCGUGGCCAACACUGUGCUGCUCAAAGCACGGGAAGGAGGGGGCGGGAACAGAAAAGGAAAGAGCAAGAAAUGGAAGCAGAUGCUGCAGUUCCCACACAUAAGUUUAUGCGAGGAGCUACGGCAAACCAUAGAGAAGGACUACAGUAGCCUCUGCGAGCGGCAGCCUAUCGGACGGCUGCUCUUCAGGCAGUUCUGCGAGACUCGACCUGAGCUGAAGCGCUGCGUCAAGUUCCUGGAUGCUGUGGCCGACUAUGAGGUGACGCCGGACGAGAAGAGGAAGGAGUGUGGCCAGGAGCUCAUCGAUAAAUACUUCAACCCAAAGUCAGAGGACAACGUGCCUGAGGUGGAGGAGGCCAUGAUGGCUCAGUGCACAGAGAGGCUGCAGCAGGAGGCCUGUAAAGACCUCUUCAAGGACUGUACCAAAUUGAUCCAUGACUACCUGAGCAUGGCGCCCUUCGCAGACUACCUCGACAGCAUGUACUACAACAGGUUCCUCCAGUGGAAAUGGCUGGAGAGGCAACCAGUGACGAAAAAUACAUUCAGACAGUACAGAGUUUUAGGAAAAGGUGGCUUUGGAGAGGUGUGUGCAUGUCAGGUACGGGCCACAGGGAAGAUGUAUGCCUGCAAAAAGCUGGAGAAGAAGAGGAUAAAAAAAAGGAAAGGAGAGUCUAUGGCCCUCAACGAGAAGCAGAUCCUGGAGAAAGUCAACAGCAGAUUUGUAGUGAGUUUAGCGUACGCCUAUGAGACGAAGGACGCUUUGUGCCUCGUGCUGACUCUCAUGAAUGGCGGUGACUUGAAGUUUCACAUCUACCACAUGGGAGAGGCAGGUUUCGAUGAGACGAGAGCCAUCUUCUACACUGCAGAGAUCUGCUGUGGCCUGGAGGACCUGCACCGGGAGAGGAUUGUCUACAGGGACCUAAAGCCAGAAAACAUCCUGCUGGACGACCACGGCCACAUCAGGAUAUCAGACCUGGGUUUAGCUGUUCACGUGCCAGAGGGAGAAACCAUGAAGGGACGGGUGGGAACAGUAGGAUACAUGGCUCCAGAGGUGGUGAAAAACGAGCGGUACACCUUCAGCCCCGACUGGUGGGCGCUGGGCUGCUUGCUGUAUGAGAUGAUCGAGGGUCAGUCGCCUUUCCAGCAGAGGAAGAAGAAGAUCAAGAGGGAAGAAGUGGAGCGGCUGGUGAGGGAUGUGGAGGAGGAAUAUUCCAGCAAGUUCUCAGAGGACGCCAAGUCCCUCUGUAAAAUGCUGCUGGCCAAAGAUCCCACAGAGAGGCUGGGCUGCCUGGGGGGUGGAGCCUCUGAGGUCAAAGCUCAUUCCAUCUUCCGCUCUAUCAACUUUAAACGGCUGGAGGCCGGCAUGCUGCAGGCGCCCUUCAUCCCUGACCCUCAGGCCAUCUACUGUAAAGACGUGCUGGACAUCGAGCAGUUCUCCACGGUAAAAGGGGUGGAGCUGGAGCCGAAGGACGAGUCUUUCUACAGUAAAGUGUCCACGGGCAGCGUUCCCAUUCCCUGGCAAAACGAGAUGAUCGAGACAGAGUGUUUCACAGAGCUGAAUGUCUUCUACCAGGACGGGGCGGUUCCUCCUGACCUGGACUGGAGAGGGCAGCCGUCCCCUACACCCAAACAGGGACUCCUGCAGCGACUGUUUGGCAGACAUGACUGCUGCGGCAACUGUAGUGACAGCGACGAGGAGCCCACCAGGCUGUGACACACAAGCAACACACAUACGAUCUGAUUUGUUUACAACUUUUGCACAUUUGUAUUUUUACAGUAGUACUAUCUAAAUGUCAGAAUGUAAAUUUUCAUCAUAGCCAUAAUGUUUAAUGUUAUUUAAAAGUGUGAAAUAUCUGCUGUUUCAAACCGGGAGAUGGAAAAUGAACUCUUUUGUUUUGCCUUUUCUUUUUAGUUUGUUAUUAUUCAUCCAGGGAAAACUUUGCUUUCAUUUGCAUCGACUCACACACUGAACUGAGAGCUGCUUCUGCCCAUGAAGCAGCUGAAACAAGCGCCUGCUGUAGAAGUGCCUUGCUCGAGGGCACUGUGAAGUGAGGACUAAACAUUCCUCUAUGUCUUUGUCCAGGGAAACUUUCAGCCUGUGAACUGUGACCACUUCUUCUGCCCUCCAUCCUGCUGAGACCAACCUCACUGCUUUUUUAUUCUCUUGUUUGUGAGCUGGGACAUUUGGGGUUUAAACAUUUGAUGUUGGAACCAUAAAGCCUGCAUUUGGAGAUAUUUUUUUGUAAUCUCUUGUUUGUUUGGUUUUUUUUUUUUACUAUUUUUUCUGAUGGAUUUCAUGAGACAAUCGAUUCCCCAUGUGUGUCAGCGCAGCUUCACUUACUCUUGUCCGUGAAAUACCAGUUUUGGGAUGUGACUGAAGAUAAGCCGUCCAAUAUUAACAGAAACUCAGAGAUAGAAAUAAUCACCUGAGCUUCAUUUACCAACACAUCAUUUUGAACUUUUUUUUUGCUCACUGUGGUUUACACUGGCUAGGGUUAGAAAGCGACCGUGACAGCUCGCGUAACAUCUGCUUAUUGGCUAAAAUUCAGAGCAGUAAACCUCAGAGCAGCAGCAAAGAAAACCAUUACUCUAGGUCUUAGGUGUUCUCCCAGCUACCACCUGUAAGCCCUGGUGAUAAUAGCGGUCACCCUCAGUUUUAGUUUACUCACCCAUACAUCAGGCCCACUGUUUUGGCAUUGGUGCAAAUUUUGUGUUUUAAACAGUGUUUACAGUGCUGACCCUUCUUGUUAAAUUCAGCAGUUCUCUGUGGCAUGCUGAACAUCAGCUUCUGGUGAUCCAUUCCUACCACAUCAAAGCACACAGGGCUUUUAAAGAGUGACAGCUAGCAUAAAGAUCUGGGGAGUUUCCUGGCUGUGGAUCCAAAAUAGUAAUCUGAGGAUCUCCAUGCCACGUUAUCAUUUUGCCUUGUGGCCUGGUGCUCCAUCAUGCUGGAAAAUGCACAGAUUGGAAGCAGUAGAUCUUUGAGGAUGUUAUAGGCUGUCCUUAAAAAUCAAGUAUGUCUUUUGUUUUUUUAAUUAUUAUAAAUCCCAAUUCUUUUUAUUUUUGUAUUCAUCAUCCCCUUGCGUAUGCAAUGUCACUCUCUCUCUCUCUGUUUGUUUCAUGUGUCACGUUCAACAUUAAGUCACAUUCAACUAGGGCUGCAACGAUUCAUCGAUUAACUCGAUUAAAUCGAUUCUAAAAAAUUAUCGACACAAAUUUACUGUGUCGAUGCUUCGUUUAAACUCUGCAGCGCUCAGCUGUC